GGCUACGAUUCAGUACAGGCUCGUCGUAUUAUGAAGGAGGAAUGUCUUAGUCGCUCGAAAGGCGCUAUCACUCCUCACGAGUGGCAGCUGGACAUUGCGGAAUGUUUGGUGUUGGGUAUUGACUGCGAACUGAUCGCGCCAACGGGUUCGGGGAAGACGAUUGCGUUCAUGCUGCCGAUGUUCUACUGGCAGAGACCUCGCACAGGGAAUGAAAGUGGUGAGCAUGCGACAGGGAAGACAAACAAACAAGGAAAACCUACGGUUCUGAUCAUCGUCUCACCUCUGAAUACCCUCGAAGCCGAUCAGGCGCGUCGGUUCACGGAGGUUGGUCUUUCGGCUGUGGGUCUCAAUGGGGAAACAUAUUCAGACAAGACAUUGAAGGACAUAGAGGACGGCCGUAUCAGUGUAAUCGUCACCUCGCCAAACAUGUGCUUGGAGCACGAAAAGUUUCGUGGUCUCCUCAAUUCAGCCAGUUUCGCUAUGCGCAUUGGAGCCUUCGUCCUCGACGAAGCUCACUGCAUUACACAGUGGGGUGACAAAUUCCGCGAGGUCUACUCCAAACUUGGCACACUUCGCGCUUUCGCAUCCCAUACCCCAUUUCUUGCUACCUCUGCGACACUCACACCGGAUGAUCUGACCACGAUCCGCAAGUCUGUCCAUUUCUCAAAGCCUGAUACCUUCCAUCUUAACCUCGGGAACGAUCGUCCCAACAUCACUUGGCACGUUGUGCAUAUGAAUGCUGGCAAGUCGGACCUCGAGUCGCUCGAGUUCCUUCUCCCGAAGGACUGUAAUGCCACACGUCUCGGGAAGGUCAUCGUCUUUUUUGACGAAAUCCUUCUCUCGAUGAAGGCAUGGCGUUGGUUUCGAGAGCGACUUCCAGAACACUUACGGGGACGCAUAGCCUACUACAACUCACGUCGCGGCGAAAGCUCCAAGCUCGACGCGGCCACUCAGUUCUGUAAUGACAAAAUUGACAUCAUGUUUUCAAGUGAAGCUUUAGGCAUGGGAUGUGACUUACCGAACAUCGAGUCCGUCGUGCAAUUUAUGGUCCCAGCCUCCUUGUCAAUUUGGCUUCAGCGUGCAGGCCGUGCCGGUCGGACGAGAGGGUCACAGGCGCAUGCCUACCUACUUGUGCAGCCAACGGUGUUCCAAGAGAAAAAUAAAACCAAACGAGCAGAGGGCGAUGAGAUAGAGUACAUGAAGGUGGUCGAGAAGGACUUACGCCGGUGGAUCCAGACAUGCGAAUGUCGCAGGGAUGUGGCGGACGAGCACUUCAACAACCCAGUGAAUCGUGAAGGUCAGUUUUGUUUCAUGCGUGCGAAAGAACGGGCCACUCACAUUGAUGGGUGUAAACAGAGCCUACCGGGGCUGAUGCCAGACGUGGUGGUGACGGCACUGGCAACGUACCGUCGAUGGCGGAGUCUGGAGGAUCUCCAGUAUGCUGCGGCGGAUUGGAUGUGGAAGGAAAGGCAUGCGGACGAGGUCUUGAAGCUCCUGAAGGAACUCGACGAGCGU